AUACCUUUUCAGUAAUGAUUAAAUCCUUCAGCCCUCUCUUGGCAUAGCCCGACUUGUCUUUAGGGUACCUUAUAAGCUGUUGUCUGUGUUCAUCAAUGAUUUUAAACAUUUGGAAGGUGCUUGAUGUUAUCCUGCCAACUAUGUGCCCUUGAGAGGGAGACAGUUUGUGAAUAUGAAUCCUUACAAUGGCUUCUGGCCUUUGCCCUCCAGGUUGGAGCUGCCUGGGUGAGCUGCUGCAGUCUCUAGCCAAGCAUGCUGUGGUCGGAUCUGCCCAGCCGCGGAACAGAAAUGUUUGCUGGAUGGAAAAUCCAUAAAAGAAAGCUCCUGUGAAACACUGAGACAGAGGACAACUUCAGCAAAAUCAGAUUGCAAAUUAUAACCUAUUUCCGGCACCAUUGUUGACGCCCAGUGAUCCAUGUCAGAAGUACUUCCAGCUGACUUGGGUGUCGACCCCUUGGCAGUGUUUAUGGCCAGCAGCGGAACCACAGACAUCGCAAAUCGCAACAGCCCCGCCACCCCGCCAAACACCCUUAAUCUCCGUUCCUCUCACAAUGAACUGUUGAAUGCUGAAAUAAAACACGCAGACCCCAAGAACAGCACACCUCCCAAAUGCAGGAAAAAAUAUGCACUAACUAACAUCCAGGCGGCGAUGGGCCUCUCGGAUCCCGCUGCACAGCCCCUGCUGGGAAAUAGCUCUGCCAACAUCAAGCUGGUGAAAAAUGGGGAGAACCAGCUCCGGAAGGCUGCGGAGCAAGGGCAGCAAGACCCCAACAAAAACAUCAGCCCUGCUGCAGUCAUCAACAUAACUUCUGAGAAGUUAGAGGGGAAGGAGCCCCAUGCCCAAGAGCCCAUGGGCUGUGAGAUUAUGCCCGCCCAGCCCAGGAGAACUAAGAGCUUCCUCAACUACUAUGCAGACCUGGAAACCUCGGCCCGAGAACUGGAGCAGAACCUGGGCAACCACCAAGGGCUUGGGGAGGAGAAGGCCCAGCCAGGCCAGGGCCAGGCCCCUGCUGUCAUUGGAAAUGGAGACUUGCUGCUGCAGAAACCAAACAAACCCCAGUGCAGUCCAGAAGAUGGCCAGGUAGCCACCGUGUCCUCCAGCCCAGAGACCAAGAAGGAUCACCCAAAAACGGGGGCCAAAACCGACUGUGCGCUCCACCGGAUCCAGAACCUGGCACCUAGCGAUGAGGAGUCAAGCUGGACGACACUGUCCCAUGACAGCGCCUCCCCCAGCUCCCCAGACGAAGCAGCAGAUAUUUGGAGUGAUCACUCAUUUCACACAGAUCCAGAUCUUCCGCCGGGCUGGAAAAGAAUCAGUGACAUCGCUGGUACCUAUUACUGGCACAUCCCAACAGGGACAACUCAGUGGGAACGGCCUGUCUCCAUCCCAGAGGAUCUUCAGGGUUCUAGGAAAGGGUCUCUUAGUUCUGUUACGCCAUCUCCCACCCCAGAGAAUGAGAAACAGCCAUGGAGUGAUUUUGCUGUUCUGAAUGGGGGAAAGAUUAAUAGUGACAUUUGGAAGGAUUUGCAUGCAGCCACAGUUAACCCAGAUCCCAGUUUAAAAGAGUUUGAAGGAGCAACACUACGCUAUGCAUCUUUGAAACUCAGAAAUGCCCCUCAUGCUGAUGAUGAUGAUUCUUGUAGUAUCAACAGUGACCCAGAAGCCAAGUGCUUUGCUGUGCGCUCCCUGGGCUGGGUGGAGAUGGCAGAGGAGGACCUCGCCCCUGGGAAAAGCAGCGUGGCUGUCAACAAUUGCAUCAGGCAGCUUUCGUACUGCAAAAACGACAUCCGAGACACAGUGGGCAUCUGGGGAGAGGGCAAAGACAUGUACCUGAUCCUGGAGAAUGACAUGCUCAGCCUGGUGGACCCCAUGGACCGCACCGUGCUGCACUCCCAGCCCAUCGUGAGCAUCCGCGUGUGGGGCGUGGGCCGCGACAACGGCCGAGAGAGGGAUUUUGCUUAUGUAGCAAGAGAUAAAGACACAAGAAUUUUGAAAUGUCAUGUAUUUCGAUGUGACACACCAGCGAAAGCCAUUGCCACGAGUCUCCACGAAAUCUGUUCCAAGAUUAUGGCCGAACGGAAGAACGCCAAAGCCCUGGCCUGCAGCUCCCUACAGGAGAGGACCAACGUGAAUCUCGACGUCCCCUUGCAAGAUUUUCCAACACCAAAGACUGAGCUGGUCCAGAGGUUCCACGUGCAGUAUCUGGGGAUGUUACCUGUAGACAGACCGGUUGGCAUGGAUACCUUGAACAGUGCCAUAGAAAGUCUUAUGACCUCAUCCGACAAGGACGAUUGGCCAUCCGUGAACAUGAACGUGGCGGAUGCCACGGUGACAGUCAUCAGUGAGAAGAAUGAAGAGGAGGUCUUGGUGGAGUGCCGAGUGCGAUUCCUGUCCUUCAUGGGCGUCGGGAAGGACGUCCACACGUUUGCCUUCAUCAUGGACACCGGGAGCCAGCGCUUUGAGUGCCACGUGUUCUGGUGUGAGCCGAAUGCCGCCAACGUGUCGGAGGCGGUCCAGGCCGCCUGCAUGUUACGCUAUCAGAAGUGCUUGGUAGCCAGGCCGCCUUCACAGAAAGUGCGGCCACCUCCUCCGCCAGCGGACUCGGUGACCAGAAGAGUCACAACCAAUGUAAAGCGAGGGGUCCUGUCCCUCCUUGACACUUUGAAACAGAAACGUCCCGUCUCGGAAACACCGUAGCUGCACGUGCUCAAGGACUCAGGUGUCUACCGAAGACUGAAGAGCUACACUAAAGACAAGGAGCUGAGCCCAGCCUUCCAUCCCGUCGCCGCCGAUGCUUCGUCUCCAGAGAGUUUAUCUGUAACUGAACAGUGUUACACAGCAUGUUCUCUGUCUUACCACCACCAUGUGAUAUGAACAGAAGCAUGAAUACUUUUUUUUGCUGUAAGUUACAUCAUGAGCAAUGGAAGGCCCCUUUCUUAUUGUACAUAUCGUGGGCGGGCCUUGGCUUCACACGGGGAGAACAAUAUGGCCACGCCCGCCUGGUGAACUAACACUGCGUCCUUGGAGUCGAUGAUGCCUGAAUCUAUCUCCCCGCUUCUCGACUCUUCCAUCUCAAGCAGCUCUCAGUUCUGCAGCACCUUGUCCAUUUUCAGCCUUGGAAACACAGAGAUCGCUGCAGAGCAGAUGCCAUUGAAUUGCUGUAAACAUAGGAUGGGUUUCAGUUUUCCAUAGAGUCAAACCUGUUGGUUGACAAAGUUGGCUAUUGGCAUCGGUGUAGCAGCCAAUGGGCAGCUUUCCGUGACAGGCUUUGACAUGCGGACAUCAUUUCAUGUCUACCGCUGUUUGUGGGAUAUUGGGGGAGGUGGGGAGUGAAACUUCAAAACUAAUGAAAAACUAAAUUCGGGGAAUUAAAAUUGAGCAAAAAAAUAGCCUUUUCAGAUGGUUCUCAAACUGAUUAUUUUAAAAAAGAGAUGAACAAGAUCCUAAUGCAUUUUCGGUGGGACAUAUUUCAAACUUCUGCCUUACAUUGUACAAUGCAGCUAGAGAAUUAUAGUUCACUAUACUCAUUCUCUGCACAAACAUUAGAUGAAAUACUCCUCAUAAGCCUCUCAUCCUUCAUUUGAUAAUCAGCCAAUAUGCAAUUUAGAGCUGAGAAAAUGUCAUGUAUCUCUCUGUCACACACUAUUAUUUUAGAUUUCCACCACCACAUUUUUGUUAGUCCAUCUCCUAAGGUAAAUGUUCUGCUAGAAUUCCUCAUCUAGCUCAUUUUUAUUUUAAUGGGUUUUUUUUGUCCAGAAGGUUGUCUGUCUGUUACAUAUUGUCCAUGGCAACAGAUUACAUUGAGUUGAGACUUUCUUAAACUUAUGUAUUUAAUAUUAGAAUUUGUUAGAUCCAACAAGAUAUAUUUUAAAAUUUAUAUUUUUUCCAUUUUAUUUUCAAGACUUAAAGAUUUCAUAUCAGAGCAAAGUAUACAUAGGAAUAAUGGACUCUUUAACAGUUUCCCAGAAAUAGCAUUUUCCUGCUUUUUAUGUGGCUAAGAAACUUAGUCAUGAAGAUAUACAAAUUUAGACUCUUGUUGACGUUUUAAAAGGAAGUAGCUAAGGAGAGCAAUCUCAAUAUUAGUCCUGUUUACUUUGUAAUGUCAAAAUUAACGUUUACAACAUCCAGUUAUAAAAGUAAUGCUUUCCGUUUAUACGCAGCUUUGUACUUGUCAAAAUGGUUUCCAUAUCCUUAUCACAUUUGAGCCUUAUAUGGUUGAAAAGGUACUAAACACAUUGGAGAAAUAAAAUACAAAGUACCAAGAGACUAACUCAACAGGCCUAAGAUCUCACCAAAGCCAGGAGGGCCAGAAGCAGGACUCACGCCUCCAGCCCAGCUCUCGCUGUCCUAUCCGCCCACCGCCCCACUUUCCCAGUGACUUUGGGCAUUCACAAAGAGCAGACACUGAAACUGCCAGGCAGUCUCAGAAUUCCCUGCAGAAGCAGGGAAGCCUGUCCAUGUUACUCGGGCAGUGGCAUUAAAUCCACCACGAACAGCUGCCUCCUCGCAGCCCUGGACCGCUUGCUGUGUGUGGUGUGCCUCAGACAUGCUGUAGAGGGCAGGCAUCCCCAUUCCGUGCAGCCUGAGAAUUUCCCAGCAGUGGUGGUCCUUGUGGCAGAGGCACGCCUCACCAUGGCCCUUACCCAGCAGAACAUGACGGAAGGAGUAGGAGACCUCUGCCUGCCCUGGCGGGGGGCACAGCAGGGCAGGAAGUGUUUGCUGGCACCCUGAUAUAACAGAAAUGAUGCUACUUUAGAAAUGCGUUGUGCUUCUCUCCAGCCUGCAUACUGUUCUCUCUGAAGUAACCAGUGCCAUUGUGGGAAACUGCUGCAUUAUGGAAAUCUUACUGUGCUCUGCGAAUUGCUGUUCAAAAUUCAGUUGCGAUGAUCUCUCAUCUGGAUCUCCCCUGUGAGACGUUUCAGUGUGAUACAUUCGAUGCUAUUUAAGUGACCCACUUUUCUGCAGGAAAUCUCUACCACAGCCCUCUUGUUCAUUUUUAAGGCAUAUGUUUGUGUUCAGGAUCAAGAACACUGAGCUAGCUUUAAAUAGCAAACAUUUAUAUAUGCAAUUACAGGGUGCAGUAAGAUGACUGAUAACCUUUACACGUUGAAAACUUUACUGCAGAUACUUUGUUUUGAUAAUGGCUUUGCAUACUAAAUGCCGAUUAAUUGUAUAAAACUUAUUGUGUUAAACAGUAUGUUCAGACACUUUCUGCCAUGGCCAAAAAGUAUGUAUGAAAGUAUGUGUGUCUGUCUGUGAAAGGAUGCCAGUGUUUUACCUGAGAACUUAGUGACCCUUCAGUUACCUAUGCAUUCUUGAUAUCUGUGAUUCGGUAAACAGGCGGCCAUGUUCACUAUGCCUUGUAUCUCCUAUCAUUUUUUUAAUUAACCUGUUAAAUACAGCUUGAAAUAUUUUUAUUUAUUCUAUUUUUACUGAAAUAUACUGCAUUAUUGUGUUAAUGUAUUAUCUUUACUGGAUAUUACGUCUCAGCGUAUCCAGACCUAAGUAAUCUCAGUGAACUAUAUGUUGCCUAAUGGUGGUUUUAUAAUGAUUUGUAGUCACGUUUCUAUUGGAGUAUGUAGAAGAAAAGGCAAAAUGCGUAAAGUUCCUUUUAUUUUUGAAGAGCAGCUAGCUAGACGCAGUCUUGCCACCUGCUCCGCGCACUCCUUGGCCGCAUCACGGCCGCCAUGCCAAUGGCUAAGAACUUCACUUUGUAGACUAAAGCACUGUGCCGUGCUUCGUUUUUAUACCCUUCACAACGCGUGUGAUUUCAUCUCAAGAUAUAUACAUAUAGCCACAUACAGCCCUGUGUUUCCACCUGGAUACGAGAUCACCCAUAAUUAAUUAGAGCCAUUGUUUUUUGUUUGUCUGUCUUACUGCAUGAAGGGACAUUAGACUCAUUUCCAUUAAAACAAGUUCUUGGUGAUAAA